AAGGGCAAGCAUGCUUGCUGUUUGUAAAUUCCGUAAAUUCUGUGUGUUGUUCACACGUUCUGCGUGAUAUUGAAGUUGUAGUGAUUAAAAUUUAGUUUAAUUCAAUGUACUUUGCAGUAGCAUUGUGGCGAAUUACAUAAAAAACAAUUCUAGGCUAUUCAGUUAAGUAAAGAUGAAACGAAAGUCUCAAGAUGGCAACAAGCCAUCUUUUGUGAAACGAAAAAUCGAAAUAGUUUUUGAUCCCAAGCAGAGAGCUGAAUUUCUUACCGGAUUUCACAAACGAAAACUGCAUCGGAAAAAAGUAGCGCAGAAUGAUGUACAGCGCAAGCUGAAAUCUGAGGUCCGUCGCAUCCGGAACGAGGCAAAGGAUAACGUGAAAAAGCUGUACCACUCUUAUAAACCCAUCCCAGAGUUGACCGAUCAGGAUCCCGAUGAACAAGAGUACGACACGGAAAAUGUCACCGUCAAGGUUGUCGAACUGUCCACUACCGAUCUGGCCAAGGAGAAUAACUGGAUCGGUGAGAAUCGACCAGUGAUCCACGGAGACGAAGAAGACGAGGAAAGUAGCGAUAUUUCUUCCAGUGAUGAGGAAAUUGAUUUAAAAGCUAUUCCAGGCAUGGAGUUGGGAGGGGCACAUUCGAAGAAAAAGAAAAAGCAACCUGAGCAAGCACAAGAAGAUGAAUGCAAUGGAAAACAAACAAAACUUAACCGUACUUCAGCGAGUGAAAAAAGUACAAAACAACGUGGUCCAGUUCUGAACUUAGAGGGUGUCGCCUCUAAAAAGGAACUCAACCGGAAGCUGAAGCGCCAUGCCCUGAAAUCCAGGCUGAAAAGUAAACCAUUCCAGCAGUCUGCUCGUGCUCAACAGCAGAAACAGCUAAAGAAAUCACGUCGAGUGAAGCACUUCAAGGAGAAGCACUUGAAACGAAAAGGAAAAUUUCAAGUAGACAAGAAAGGAAAGGGAAAGAAUCGCGGCGGAAGAGACGGCUAGAUGGUGGUUGGUAUAUUGAAAAUUAGUUCACUGAAAUUGAAGCACUUUUUGGUAAUUUUCUAGUUUAGUUUUGCAAAAUAUAUGUUGGCCGAAAUAAA